CUUUGCGUGUAUGCGUCUUUGGCUAGCAUAGCGUACUGCAGUUGCUUUUCGGAGACGCGUUGACGCUUGCUGGCAUACUGUAGAAAAUGUUAGCGCAGCGAAGAGCGCUUGCCGCAGGCCGGCUCCGCGACGGCCCCUGCCACCGUGCCUCAGUCCGUCGCUUUCUCGCGGUCACCCGCGCGGUGGGCCACUCGACGCACGCCGUGCAUGGAUCGCGCCUUGACGGCCUUAGCACCACCUCGCCCUCGGAGCCAUGGUCGCUGGCAGUGCUCGGGGACCUGCACCUGGCGCCGGAGCAGAUGAAGUUGUUUGACGCCGCUCGGGGGCAUCUGUUAUCAGCCAUGGCGCCCGGUGGCGGGCGGGUGGUGCAGCUGGGGGAUCUGGGCCACGGCAAGCAUGGGUCCGGCAGCCGCAAGUGCUUCGAGUUCGCCAAGCGGUACAUGGACGGCUUCGGGCUGCCGUACGGCAUGAUCCUUGGCAAUCACGACCUGGAGGGGGACGAGUUCGAGACGGACGGCGAGAACCUGGCGGCAUGGAAGGAGGUUUUUGGCCAGCCGCAUUUUUGGAGCGCUGAUCUGGGUCGGGCCAGGAUUGUGGGACUGAGCACUGAGCGCUACCGCUCCAAUAUCAACUGCCACCACGAGGUGUUUAUCCCGCCGCACCAGCUGCAGUGGCUGGAGGGGCAGCUGGCGGCGCACCCGCACACGCCCUUCAUCGUGGUCACACACGCACCGCCGAUGGGCUGCGGACUCAAGGUGAUCCAGGAGAUACACAUCAAGAACCGUGUGGCGUGGCUCAACCACUCGGACGCCAACCCGCACGCUUUCAUCGACCUGGUCAACAAGUACAAGAAUAUCAAGCUGUGGUUCAGCGGCCACUUCCACUUGUCCCACAACUACCCCGACUCCAUCUCCAGCGUGGGCGGCACCUCCUUCGUGCAGGUUGGAGUGAUCGGCGAGUGCAACCGCGAUGGCAACCGCCAGUCGCGGCUGCUGCGAGGCGACAGCGAUGGCUACCAGUUGUACACCGUUGACCAUGACACAGGCGGCCUGCGACUGGACCUGGCGGCCCGCUGGGUCGACCCCGGGGCGCCCACGCCGCUCAUCCCGGAGGAGGAGCUGGUGUGCGACCCCGACAGCGGCUGGCUGUGCUCCCAGAUGGACUGCAAGGUCGGCGACAACAGCAGCGGCUUCGUGACAUGGUACGCGGUGGGCCACCAGACCAUUCUGGCCCGCCACACCAACGACCUGUUGAUUGAGUACGACAUGGCGACGGCGGCGCCCAUUGGUCUGGUCACCAAGGUGCCGGAGAGCUGCCGGAUUGAGUUGGUCCGGUCUGACGGGAGCUCGGCGGCGGCAGAGGACGGAUCCGACGUGGCGGAGUUGCGGGUGUACGAGGCCAGCGGUGUGCUGCGUGAGGUCGUGGGACGUAACCCUUCCGGCUCAUUCUACAAGAUCUACAAACCCAAUCAGUGGGCCGAGCGGCGGCAGAAGAAGAUGGAGAAGGCGGCGGCUGUGACCGCACCAGCGGCAGCGGCGGCUGGGGGAGUGGCGGCGGCGGUGGUAGCGGCGGCGGUGGCCGAGGCGGAGGCUAAGGAGCCGGUGGCAGUGCUGGGCUCAAUGGUGGACUAGUGCGAAACAGCAGUCAACAGUAGGCGGCAAGGGCUGAGUAGUACUUGUGGGGCUGGCCUGGUGAAGCAAAUGCACGUUGCCCGGGUUCGGUAUGUCACGAAGCACAGCGGAAGGCCGCACGGAAUGAACAUGCGAAGACCGUGUAUGUGGUGCGGUGCGCCCCCCAGGCAUGCUGUGUUAGUUAUGAAAGCGCAAGGGGUAAUGCUGAUGCGGUGUGUAGCUGUGUAACGAACCAGAGGUCCAAAAGUGCAUGCUCGUUGCAAGCUGGCGGGGUGGAGUGUGUGGGCGUGUGUGUGGGUGUGCGUGUGUGUGGGUGUGGGUGUGGGUGUGGGUGUGUGGGGGGGGGGCGUUUGCCCGUGCCCAACGAAAUGGACGGUAGACUGUAGACCGCAGGCGUCGCGCCGCACCGAUAAUGCCACCCAGGCUCGGCCAACAAUCAUCUCUUGAGGCGAGCAAAGCAGUGCGCUAUACACAUUUAUGUUCUACCCACCUUCGGAGCAUGCAGGAGGUGAACCCGGGCGCCCAGGAACCGCGAGCGCCAGGGCCAGGGCAGCAGGGCCAGGGAUGGAUGGCGGGACGUGUAAACGGGUAUAAAGGGUUGGGACAUGAGAGACGGUUAAGAGAAGGGAGCGCCCGUGCCGAGGGGUACCAGGAAACCGCCGAAUACAGACGACUGAGCAGAAGGCAGCGUGCGGGCGGGCCGCCAACGGCUCCCCACUCCGCUGCCAUUCCAGGUGCCUGCAGUGCGGGCGUCCGGUGCAAUGCUCGUAUCUUCCAUCUACAUUGUAGAAAUCCGCCCCAACUCCGCCGCGGAGAAAUGUUUGAGGGUUUGGGGCCGCGCAUCUACGGGAGUGUAGGCGUUUUGGCGCGGAUUUGGCGGUAUCUUAGACGUUUUGGGGCGAGGGGCGUUGGUGGCUUGCCCACUAAGGAAACUUCUCCGGUCGUAGAUGCUGUGGGAAGGGGCAUCUACGUUAUGCAGACGCCGUGGGCCUGAAGGCAUCUACAAGUUACCGGCACUGGUCCGGCGAUGGGCCCAGGCCGUUACCGGUGUCCGAGUUGCGAGCUUGAAAGCGGAAGGGGGUUACGGCUACCAUGAUGCAUGGGGGGAGGGCGGUUUCCCUUCGGGCCGGAGGUGGUUCCCCCCUGACCCGGGUGCUGGGCGCCCUUGCUUGGUCGGACUGUCCCUUCGUGUAAUGUCGCAUGAAU